UGGUAUUACUGUCUGAUUCUAUUUCUUCCUUACCACAUUGGUAUAAUUUGCAAAUUGUCCCUCUCUGCUCUCAUGUUUCGCUUGUUCUAUGAAAAAAAUAAUGCUUUUUUAUUCUUAAUAAUAUUAAUAUUAAUUUGUGGGUCUCAGAAAAUAGCAGCUUGAAGAUAUUUAAUUUCUGAAAAAAAAGGAUGGAGCUAAAAAUGAAAAAGAUGAUUGCUUUAACUUCUAUAGGGAGCUUCCAAGUUGGUCUGAUUUUCAUGCAAUUGCCCUUUUCAUUUUUAUUUUUCAUUUUUGAUUUUUUGACGUGAUUUUGGAGCUGUUGACUUAUUGCAGCAGCCUAUUUGUUCAUUAUCAAGAGUGCAUCUUUUACUUCAGGCUAGCUUAAUGAUACUUUUGGGCAUCUUUUUAAAAAUUUGCACCGACAGUUGAUGGCUUGAUGCUAGUUUCUUCAACGAAGAGCGAAUUGGGCACAUGGGUAUUCGUCACCUUGGGUGGACAACAACUCUAUGAAUGUAGAAUUGCUCAUUGUGCAUUUUAUUAGGCAAUAUGCUGAUAGUUUCUAUGCUUUUAUCAGGAUAUUCUGUGUGUUACGUGCCUUUUCUUUGCAAACUUUAAUGGAGAACUCUUAUCUGAACCCUUGGCAGAAUUUCGAGGCUCGGUAUUGAGUAUAUGUUAGUUCAUAGUGGUUUAGGUUGAUAGAGGUCAUUAUACUUGUAGCUUUGGCCUUUGCUCAAUGCAAAUUAGAUUCCAUCUCCAGGAAAUGUUUAAAUCUCUGCGUAAUGAAGAAAACCUAGAUAGAAAAUAAUUUCCUGGAACAAAUUCCAGCUUUGAAAUGCUAAUAUUGCCUUCACAGAUCUGCUUAAAUAUCUUUCUUGUGCCAAAAUAUUCCAAACAUGGCACAUCUUUGACAGUUCAGAAAGUUUACCGAGUUACUGAUGGAAAUCCAAGGGCAAUAUGCGUUGGCUAUAUGUUUUGGGAGUAAAACAAAGGAGUGGGUGUACAAUAUGUUUGUUUAUUCAGCCGUUCUGAUGUUCAAACCCAAUCAGCAGAUGGGUCAGGGAUAAAACGGGUCCUCAAUUCGGGGAUGAUGAUCCAGUUAUAUUAGCUAGUUAAGUAUGGAAAAUAGAAUUCAUAUUGACCUUUAAUCUCUUGUAUAGAGUCGUUUAUGCCUAAUAGAUUUCCGACUUUACAUUGCCAAAGUCUGGAUUUCUGAUUAUUAAUUGCCAAUGUAUUUGCUCCAUUAGUAACAUCAUGAUAUAGUUAACACUCGUAUGCUGAUGCGUUUUUUAAGACAAUAUCCUUGACAGUGCAGACAGCUUACUGAAUUACUGAUGGAAAUUGCAAGGGCAAUAGUUCUUGGCUGUAUGGUUUGGGACUAAAACAAAGAAGUGGGUAUACAUUAUGUUUUUUUUUUCUUUGUCUGCUACUCAGCCGUUCAAACGUUCUGAUGCAAGCAUCAGAUGGGGUAGUGAUGUGAUUUGGGGUUGUUCUUUGGCAGUACUCUUUCUUUUUUGUUCCAUAUAUUAUUUAUCAUUACUUUUCAAGAGGAUAGCUUGCCAACUCACUCUCACACAAACUCCAAGUUUGCCCCAUCUCUUCAGAGUCCUUAUCUUGGUCUUAAUCAUUUAUUUUGUUUUGCCUUUGUGUCAUGGAACUUUCACAGUGUUUCCAGCUCCUGCUUUUUCUUUGGCUUUUCUCUAAUAUCUCAGAAUGUUUUAUUGUGCACCAUGCAAACCUGGGUAAAGUAGAAUGUGGUAUACCUUACCAAAACCUUUUAGGCUUCUAUGUGUACUGUUGGCAUACUUGGCAAGUUGGCAGUACCUUUGUAGGAUCAAAGUCAAAUAUAUUGUUUUGUCCUGUGGAAAUGGAUACUGAGCAGGUCAGAUUGUUAGGUGCAGAAUCCCAUGUGGAUAGCCGAAAAGUAGGUGCAACUUCUCUAUCAUUUUUUAAAUAUGAAAAAAGCUUUUAAGUUAUUUAUAAGAUACACAAGAAAGCACUUGUUCAGUUAUGGAGAGAACAUUGUAGAGGCAUUUUACUUUUCUUAAGCUGGAAAAUUUCUUUCCAUUUUGUACUUUUGAAGCGAACGUUCUGUAAUAUACCACAGACUGGAAAUUCUGGAUCAUCAGCAAUUGUAUUAUGGGUUUCGAGGAAAGAGUUAUGGAGCAUGAUGAUGUAAAGCAAGCAAAGCAAUCAUUGGCUAUCAGCCUGCAUGCGUUUUCGGAUCUGUCAUGCGUUUCACCCGUUGUAUUCCUCUUUUUAUUAAAAGAGUCUUAUAUCUAUGGGAAGUCUAAAGCAACUACAAAAUUCCGUGCUCUGCAACAACAAGUCAAUUUAGCGCUCGAAAAUGCCCCUCAGCCUGGACCAGCUGUUUUUAUUGUCCGAUGUCUCUACGUGCUUCCAGUAUUUGAAUCACAUGCUGAUGGCUUUAGUCACUUGAUUGUAUCUGCUCUUCGUAAAUUCCUGAAAGCCAAUACCAAUUCUCCUGACUUGCUAGAAGCACAGGAUCUAGCUGCACAGUUAUUUUUCGAUGUUGUCCAAGGCUUUGUCAUCCACGAUGAGAGGAUACUUCUAAAGCUAAUUGAAGCUGUUGAUCUGAAGUUGGUUAAUGUUGAUAAAGCUUUACGCAGUUCAGAUGCAAAGAACUUGACUUGUGACAAGGCUGAAACUUUCAUGGAGAAAUAUAUUCAUCAACACAUAGAAUCUCAGUCAUAUAUGACUGCUGUCUCAUUGUUAGAACAAUUCAAUAUUCGCCAUUCUGGAGAAUCUCUUCUGUUUAAGAUGAUAGAGAACAAAGACUUCAGAGCAGCAGAGAAAUGGGCAUCAUAUAUGGGUAAGUCAAUGUUGUGUGUUCUUGUCCAGGAAUACGUUAAGUUGAAUAUGCUAAAAGCUGCAUAUGGGAUUAUAAAAAGGAACAAUUUUCAAGAGGACUUUCCAGAUGUAUACCAUAAAUGUAAAGAAAGCUCAUUGAAGACUUUAGCUGAAAAAGGAUGCUGGGAUGUUGCAGAAGAGAGGGCAAAGAAUGAUAGGCAGCUUCUUGAAUAUCUGGUCUAUUUGGCGAUGGAAGCUGGAUACUCUGAGAAGGUUGAUGAAUUAUGUGAACGAUACUCGCUGGAAGGAUUCGUGAAAGCUAAAGAACCCGAGGUCCAUCCUCUUGAGAGUCGUUAUCUACAUCUUCACGAAUUGUUCAUAGAUGACAUUGUUUGGGUUGAUGAAGCUGAUAGUCUGCAGAAAGCGACUUCUUAUAUUGAAGGGUGUAAAGUCGUCGGUGUAGAUUGUGAGUGGAAGCCUAAUUAUGUCAAAGGUAGCAAAGGCAACAAGGUUUCCAUCAUACAAAUUGCUUCAGAAAAGGUUGCUUUCAUUUUUGAUUUAAUCAAGCUAUAUGACGACGUUCCUGAAAUUCUUAACAACUGCUUCAUCCGUAUUCUGCAAUCCCCAAGAAUUCUGAAGCUUGGCUAUAAUUUUCAAUGUGAUAUGCAUCAGUUGGGUCAUUCUUACCAAAAGUUGGAUUGCUUCAAGCGUUAUGAGAUGCUUCUUGACAUCCAGAAAGUGUUCAAUGAGCCUUGUGGUGGAUUGUCUGGCCUUGUGAAGAAAAUACUGGGAGCUGGUUUAAACAAAACAAGAAGGAACAGCAACUGGGAACUAAGGCCUUUGAGUCAGCAACAAUUGGAGUAUGCUGCUCUUGACGCAGUUGUUCUGGUUCAUCUAUUCCACCACAUCGGCAACCAAUCUCAAGCCGUUGACGUCCAAGAAAAAAAUGUCAAAAUGGAGUGGAAAUCCCACAUUGUAAGUGCAUCGACUAAAUCAAAUGAAUCUCUUUUAAAAGCUCUGACUGGAAUGCCAAUUGUGGAUCAAAGUCAGGCUGUAAGGCUUCACAAAUUGGUGACACGAAGAUGUCGAGGAAGAAAGACGUUGGGUUUGAGAGGAAAUCUGAAGUCGAGGCUGGGCAACCUGAAUCCUCCUAGAGUAGUAACACCACAGUUUUACAUUUCUCCAUUUCUGUGAGGUGAUGAAUUAAUUGUAUAUAUGUCUAGUUUCUAGAAUUUGGUCAGAUGCUGACUUCAAGAAGGUGCUGUCUUGCACUCUGUAUAUAUGCUACACUCUUACAACGGCAACAUAUUGUAUAUAUUUCUCUUAAGUUCAAUUGGGCUUUGAUUUAAGAAA